AUAUAGAGAUAUAUAUUAAAGAUGUUCUUAGAAAAUAGAAAACUUUCUCAUUAUAUAUAUGAUUUAAAUGUACAUAUACGUAUUCACUUAUCCAUUCCAUUUCAUAUACGUAUAUUGUCUGCUACUGUCGGGAAAUAUCCGCUUAACAUGGUAACGUCUUUAGCAUCUUCUUUUGUCUGUCUAAGUUAAAGCACUGGCUUUUAACAAUGUAUGAUUUAAUUAGUAAAUACAUUGGUUUUGCUCACGAUUUAACUCAUUCUCUUCAAAACCUAUGCAGACGAAGACUUGGUUCUUAAACUUUUCAGUGUUCAUUCUCAAGUUCUUCGCAUAUUCGAAAGCUUUGGAUGUUACUCAACAUGGAGCUGUUGGAGAUGGAGUUACAGACGAUUCUCAGGCGUUCUUGAAAGCCUGGGAAGCUGUUUGUAGCGGGACCGGAGAUGGGCAGCUUAUCGUUCCGGCAGGAAUGUCAUUUAUGUUACAGCCCUUGAAGUUUCAAGGUUCUUGCAAAUCGACCCCUAUUGCUGUUCAGAUCUUGGGCACUCUCGUUGCAUCGAGUAGAGGGGAUUGGAAAGGAGACAAAAACCAAUGGAUUCUCUUCUCAGACAUAGAAGGGCUUGUGGUUGAUGGUAACGGCAAAAUAAACGGCCAGGGUUCGAGCUGGUGGCAACACAAAGGCAGUUCUAGACCAACCGGAUUGAAGUUCAAGAACUGCAACAAUCUUAGACUUCGUGGCUUAACUCACGUAGAUAGUGCGAUGGCACACAUUCACAUAAACGGUUGCAACGAUGUAACCAUCUCAAAUCUCCGGAUAAAUGCACCAGAAUCAAGUCCUAACACCGAUGGCAUCGAUAUAGCCGCUUCAUCCAAUGUUGUCAUCCAAGACUGCGUAAUCGCCACUGGUGACGAUUGCAUUGCUAUAAACUCGGGGACGGCUAACAUCAGAAUCUCCGGUAUAGAUUGCGGACCAGGCCAUGGAAUAAGCAUAGGAAGCUUAGGAAAAGAUGAAGGGGUAGCUUCAGUGGAGGAUAUAUGUGUCCAAAACUGUAACUUUAGAGGAACUAUGAAUGGAGCUAGGAUCAAAACCUGGCCGGGAGGAUCUGGAUACGCAAGAAGGAUUACUUUCAAUGGAAUUACUCUAGAUAAUGUCGAGAAUCCAAUCAUUAUCGAUCAGCAUUACAAACAUGGAGAUUCUGAUAAAUCCACUGAUGAUAAGUCCUCGGCGGUGGAAGUGAGCAAAGUUGUGUAUAGUAACUUCGUGGGGACGUCCAGAUCAGAGUACGGUGUUAACUUUAGGUGCAGCACGAGAGCACCAUGCACAGAGAUUUUUCUGAAAGAUGUGAAAAUAGAAACGGCAUCGUCAGGAAUGGGACAAGUAGCGCAAGGACAGUGUUUAAACGUGAGAGGCGGUGUGACAACACUUGCGGUACCAGGUUUGGAGUGUUUAGCACUUUCCACAGAUUGGGGGACACUGCCGGAACAAGCUUGUAUGUUGCCGCAGCAAUCAGGGCAGCCAGAUACACGACCGUCGCAAGAUCCGUUAUGGGUAAUAUGGGUUUAUGGAAGCGGAGGAAAACAUUUAGGAGUAUAUAGUGUCGUAUUAACUUCAUUAAUUAAUCUCUUUUGGUUUUAAUUAUGUUUUAGGUUAAUCAAAGAUCAAUAUGAUAAAUUAAUU